GGGAGGUAUCAGAGUGUGCAAAGCUACAGAAUUUGAAUUUGGGUGAGAAUCUACUUGUAGGUAGUAUUCCAGUUGAAAUAAGCAAGUUAAAGUUUCUUGAAAGCCUUGAUCUUGGAAACAACAUGUUAACGGGCAAAAUACCACAAGAGAUUGGGGGAAUGCAAAUGUUGGAAAAUCUGAAUCUCUCUCAUAAUAGGCUUUCUGGUUCCAUCCCAUCAUCUUUCACCAAUGGGCUAACAUCAGUCGAUAUAUCUUACAAUCACUUAAAGGGUCCUUUUCCAAGCACCAAAGCCUUUAAAGAAGCUCCAAUCGAAGCAUACAAAAAUAAUGAUGGUUUGUGUGGAAAUAAGACAGGCUUGACACCUUGCUUGCCUAGAGUAAGCAAUGCCACCAAAGCCAAAAAGCUAAAGAAAGUCAUUUUUUUCAUGGUAAUUCCUAUUGUGAGCACUCUAUUUCUUUUACUUGUGGUUCUCGGUGCCUUUCAAGUUUUGAGCAAAAGUGCAACAAAUAGAGAGAACGAGCUCCAAGAAAUCCAUACUACAAAUUUGUUUGAAGUAUGGAGUUAUGAUGGAAAGUUGGUGCAUAGCCACAUCAUGGAAGCAACUGAACAUUUUAAUGACAAGUAUUGCAUUGGUCAAGGAGGAUAUGGCACUAUUUAUAAAGCUGAGUUGCAAAGUGGUUUGAUUGUUGUCGUGAAGAAGGUUCAUUCUUCAGAAAAUGACAAUUUUGCUUAUUUAAAAAGCUUCGAGAACGAGAUCCGUGCCCUCACAGAGGUUCGACAUCGUAAUAUCAUAAAAUUUCAUGGUUUUUGUUCGAAUCCACGACAUUCAUUUUUGGUUUAUGAGUUUUUGGAAGGAGGAAGCUUAGAAAAGGUGUUGGGAAAUGAAGAAGAAGCUUUGAAGUUCGAGUGGAGUAAGAGGGUGAAUGUCAUUAAAGGUGUAGCAAGUGGAUUGUGUUACAUGCACAAUGAAUGUUCACCCCCAUUGAUUCAUCGGGACAUAUCAACCAAGAAUAUUUUACUUGACUUGGAAUAUGUUGCUCACAUAUCUGAUUUUGGUACUGCAAGGGUUUUAAAGCUACACUCCUCCAAUUGGACUUCAUUUGCAGGAACCUUUGGAUAUACUGCUCCAGAACUUGCUUACACAGUGGAAGUGAAUGAUAAGUUGGAUGUUUAUAGUUUUGGAGUAUUAACUUUAGAGGUGUUAAUGGGAAAGCACCCAAGCGAAUUCAUCUCGUCCCUUUAUUUUGCUUCCUCUACCUCAUCAUCACCGGUCAUUGUGGAUGACAUAUUGUUGAAAGAUAUAUUAGACAAUCGUAUCCCACCACCCGAGAAUUCGAUGAUAGAAGAAGUUGUUAGUAUUGCAAGGCUAGCAUUUGCUUGCUUGAAUACCAAUCCACAAUGUAGACCAUCUAUGCAUCAAGUUACUUUUGAAUUAUCAAAGAAGAGACCAUCUAUGCAAAGUACAUUCCAAAUGGUUACUCUUAGACAACUCCUUAGUUGAUAUGAAUUGUAUUAUCAAUUGUAGCAUUUGAAACACAUAAUUUAGAGACACUUCUUUUUA